CUCUUGCUUUCUCUGUUGUUGCUCGAUUAGACACUUAACCAAAGAGAAAAUAACGCUUGCGUGCUUGCGUCUGCGUUUAGAUCUCAAACGCGCUGUGUGCUACCACCACCACCAUCUCACACAAAAAAACUGAGAGAAAAAAAGUAAUGAAUGAAUCGUUGAACCACCCUCGCCUCGAAUGAAACCCUCUACGACGUCGUCUCACUCCUCUCCCCAAGCCUCGAUCAAGGAUAAGAAGAGGAUCUGAAUUAUGAAGCAGGAUUAGAGUGUGGUGAUUACGGUGGGUAGCAAGAACGGAGUGGAUCGGAAAAUGGACAAGAGUAAGAGCCGUACCGAUCUACUCGCAGCUGGCAAAAAAAAGCUCCAACAAUAUCGUGAGAAGAAGGAUAAUAAAGAUAGUAAAGGUGGUAGUAGCCGUGGGAAAUCAUCAAAAAAGUCUUCCAAACAUCAGCUACCUGAGUCUGAUGCUGAUGCUGCCAGUGUUACCUCUACAGGAUCGUCUCAGGUUACUGAUGGAAAUAUUGAAACCAACAGUGAUUUCAAUGUUGUUAUCACUGAACCAAUAGAAUCACAAUCUUUGGGAAGCUCAACAGCCGCUGACAAUGUUGAUCCAUCUGUUGAUUCUUCAUCAGUGGGCAAGACAUCUGAUACAGGUGAGGAAACUGAUUUGGAUUCUAAUGCUAAGUUGGCACUUCAGGGUCGUGGGGUCUAUGAGAAGGAUUCUGAACUGUCUGCCGAAGAUCAAGGAGGGAGUUCUCAGAAUAUUGGUGCUAAUGUGACAAAAGAUGUGUCUUUUACAAGUUCGUUGGCUCCUGACAAUGUUGAUCCAUCUUUUGAUUCAUCAUCAGUGCCCAUGACGUAUGAUACAAGCCAGGAAACUGAAUUGGGUUCUAGUGCUAAGUUAGCACUUGAGGAUCAUGGAGUCCAUGAGAACGAUUCUGAAUUGUCAGCCCAAGAUCAAGGGGGAAGCUCUCAGAAUGCUGGCGGUGAUGUAGCGGAAGACGUUUUGUUGAGAACUUCAAAUAGUGAAGGAGGAACAACAUACGAUCAUGCAUCCAAGCCUGUUGCUCUUUUGUCCCCACAUGCUUCUACUUCAACUGCUGUGGAUGAGUCUAUCACAGUUGAAAAAGAGAGUGAAAAAAGUGAAAGGUCGUUGCCUUUAUCUGAAGAUACUUCCAACACAUCUGUGGUGCAAACGAGAGAAGAUCAGGUAACAAAUUUAGGGGCAAUGCAGGAAGCUGAUGAUUUGGAUAUGGCGAAAUCUUGUCAAAGCACUCAUGCAAUUAUAGAUGAUCAAAAGGAGAUUCCUUUGUUUGAAGCCAGUGAGAGUGGUCAAUCUCCUUCAGGAUUUGCUUUGGAGAAUACUAUAAUUGAGGAGGCAUCUCACGAAGCGGAACAACUAGACAGGCCAGUUGAAUUAUUCUCCCCUCUUGAAGACAUUGUGUCAGAUAAGAAUUCGGGUUCUGAUAAAGGCCAGCAAGAUGAUGAUUUUGCAACUGUAGGGACUUCAAUGAAAAAUUUGGAGAGAGAAACAUUACCAGGUUCAUCUAAUGAUGAAAUAAUUCUUCAGUCUAAUCAAGAGCAGAUAAGCAAGGGAGUCCUUAGUGGACAGGAUGUAGCGCUUCAUGAGGGGCUUAACCAGCAAUUUACUCUUGUUGGAUCUGCAGCUGAUGAUUCCACUCACAAGUUGUCAACCAGAGCUUCGACCAAAUUGUUUGACCUCUCUCCUGUUUUUGAUGCGAGCUCAGUUAAUCUUUUGCAGUUAGCUGAAUUUAUAAGAGGGCUUAAUGAAAAAGAGUAUCAGUUUCUGCUCAAGGCAAGAGGAGCAUAUUCUGAUCCUGAUCCAUUAACCAGUAGUUCAGUUCAACCAGAUCAUGACUUUUCAGAAGCGUUUCAGAGACUAAAAGAAGAAUUGUUUCUUGCUCAUAUGAUGCAAAAUAUUUUCAGUAUGCAGCUAGCUGAACAACUGGACCUCCAAUCGGAAUCUGAUUAUCACCGUGACCAGUUGAUUGGUGAACUAUCACAGCUCCAUGAUUCACGCAAUGAAGUUAAUGAGAACAAUCAACGGCUUAAUGAAGAACUUGCUAACUGCCGUGUAGAACUACAGAAUAAUUCUAGCAAGAGUGUGGAACUACAGAACCAAUUUGAUACUGCAAUGACAGGGAUUGAAGCUCUUUCUGCCAGAGUAGUUGAGCUACAGAUUAAUUUUGAAAUGUCUCAGAAAGAUUCAUUGGAUCUAUCCACCGAGUUGGCCGACUGCAGAAGUUUGAUCUCAAGUUUACAGGAUGAAAAGAAGGGUGUGAACGAAACUCUUGAUUUGAUGAUUUCUGAGAAAAAUAAACUUGCAGAGGAGAAGGAGUUUAACCUCUGUGAAAGUCAGAAGCUGACAACUGAAUUGUCUUGCUUAAAGAGUUCAAUGGAAGCGGUAGAAGUUGAAAAUUCCAACUUAAUUGACAGGAUCUCUUUGGUGACUGAAGAGAGCAAUACGUUCAAAGCAGAAAUCAAGCAUCUCUUGCAAGAGAUCGAUAGAAUUUCAUUAGAUUUGGUUGAAAAUAAAGAUUUGGUGGCAAUUCUACAGAACGAAAAUUCCAAUUUAAAUGGGAACCUUGCAUUGUCAGUUGAUAAGAUUAAAAAUCUGGAAGAUGAGAAUCAAUCUGUUGUUCUUGAGAAUCAAAGGCUCACUUCUCAGAUUAUUUCCAUACAAGAACAAUUAUCUAUAGAAAAGGGAGAACGAAUGAGAUUUGAAGAUGACCUUAAAGAAGCCACAACGCACUUGGAAAAUCUUUCCAAGGAAAAUGUAUCACUUAAUAGCACUUUAGAUGAGCACAAGUUUAAAAUCGAAGAAAUUGCAGUUACUAAAGAUUCUCGGCAGAUAGGUCAGGGGCUAGAUGAUGGUGCAACUAGGGGACCAUUUGAAAAUAUACGUGAACAAGAAAUUUUCAAUGAUUCUCUUGGGUUUGUUUCUUUGAAGACUGAUUUGAAUGAGGUGGAGAAUGUUUUGGUGAAGCUUGAAAAGGCAAUUGAUAAGUUGCAUUCUCAAUCACUAAUCUCUGGCAGGACUACUGAGAAAGUUUCUUCACCUGUGGUAUCAAAAUUGAUACAGGCUUUUGAACCAAAAGUAAAUGAAACUGAGCACGAGGUAGAGAUAAGUGUUUCAACUGAUGUUCAGUCACAAUCAAACUCACUCAUUAUGUUAACUGAAGAGCAAGUAGGAAACUUGAGAAAAUUGCUAUCAAAGUGGAAGCUGGAUGUUCAAAAUGCAGAUUUGUUGUUCAAGGGGGAACGAGAUGGUAGGAAAAUUGGGGAUGCAAAGUACGGCGAUCUUGAGGACCAGUUUGAAGGAUUGAAGCAACAUUGUUCAGAUUUGGAAGCAUCUAACAUCGAACUUGCAGUUCAAUAUGAAACAGUUAAACAACUUCUGGGCGACAUUCAAGAAAAGAAAUGUGAUCUUGAGGAAAUCUGUGAAGCUCUAAAGCAAGAAGAUAUUCACCUCAAAGCCAAAAAUAAUGAACUCUAUGACAAGCUUGGAUAUUGUCAUUCAAAAUUGAUUGAAUUGGUUACUGAAAUGAAUGAUGUGAAACUAAGUUCGAAUGAGAUGGCUUCUGUUAUUGGCAGUCAGCUGGAAAUUUUGCAGAAGGAGGUGACAGAGAGGGCGGUGCUACUUGAGCAAGGCUGGAAUACUACUAUUGAUGAGAUUGUUAAGUUAGUUGCGAAGCUGAAUGAAUCAGUUGGGGAAGCAUCACAUACAAUGGUCUCUUAUGACACCCAUGAUAGCGUGCAUAUCAGUCGUUGGUUAGAUGCUUCUGUUAGUGCUGCCACUGAAAUGAUUUUUGGUCUGCAAAAGAAACUUGAGGCUUCUAAAGCAGAUCAUGAAAUAAUCUCCAGUUCACAUAAAGAAAUGACCACGAAAUGUGAUCAUCUGCUUGAGAGGAAUGAAAUGGCUAUCGAUGUACUACAUAAAAUAUACAGUGACAUGAGGAAACUUAUGUUGAGGAGUGGUUGGUCUUUGGAUGAAGAUAAGAUAGAUGAUCAAAGUGAGGCACUGCCUGAUUUACUGAAUUAUAAUAACUACGAGACAAUCAUGAAGCAUUUGGGGGAUAUAUUGAUUGAAAAGCUGGAAUUGGAGUCUGUUACCAAUAAGAUGAAGUCAGAGUUGGUGCACAAGGAAACUGAAUAUGAAGAAUUGAAGAUAAAGUGUCUUGGUUUAGAUUCUGUUGGAAAGCUAGUUAAUGAUGUUGCAGGGGCACUGCAUGUGGAAACUCCGAAUAUUGAAAUAAACACAUCGCCCCUUUUGCACUUAGAUUCAUUAGUGUCUAGUCUUGUACAGAAAACCAAAGAGGCUGAAAUCCAGAGUCACGCCACUAAAGAAGUCGAUGGAUCUAAGGAGAUGGAAUUGGAUGAACUGAAAGAAAAAAUGCAUUAUCUAGACAUGCUGCGUCUUGAGAAUGAAAAUGAAAUCUUUCUCCUAAAGGAAAGCUUACAUCAAGCUGAGGAAGCUCUUUCUACUGCACGUUCUGAAUUGCGUGAGAAAGCAAAUGAACUCAACCAUUCAGAGCAACGAGUGUCCUCCAUCCGGGAGAAACUCGGCAUAGCUGUUGCCAAGGGAAAAGGAUUAGUUGUACAGCGGGAUGGCCUCAAGCAGUCCCUAGCUGAGACAUCUACUGAAUUGGAGAGAUGCUCGCAAGAGUUGAAGUUGAAAGAUACAAGACUUCACGAGCUUGAAACAAAACUUAAGAUCUAUUCAGAGGCUGGUGAACGCGUGGAAGCCCUGGAAUCUGAACUUUCAUAUAUUCGUAAUUCAGCUAAUGCCUUGAGAGAGUCAUUUCUGCUCAAAGAUUCAAUGCUUCAGAGGAUAGAAGAGGUUUUGGAAGACCUAGAUCUGCCCGAGCAGUUUCAUUCAAGUGAUAUAAUAGAGAAGAUUGAUUGGUUGGUUAGGUCAGUUGUUGGCAACUCAUUGCCCAUGAAUGACUGGGAGCAGAAAGAUUUUGCAGGAGAACAUUCAUACUCUGAUGCUGGUAAUGCUGUCACAGAAUCUUGGAAAGAUGAUAGUCAGCUACAACCAGAUUCAGGGGACGAUGCAGGUAGACGUUCAUACUCUGAUGCUGGUUUUGUUGUCACAGAUUCGUGGAAAGAUGAUAGUCAGCUACAACCUGAUUCUGAGGGUGAUUUUCAAAAAAACUUUGAAGAGUUGCAGAGUAAAUACUAUGGGCUGGCUGAGCAAAAUGAAAUGCUGGAGCAGUCAUUGAUGGAAAGAAACAGCUUAGUUCAGAGAUGGGAGGAGCUUGUAGACAAGAUUGACAUGCCUUCACAUUUGCGGUCUAUGGAGAUGGAAGGUAGGAUUGAAUGGGUAGGAAGAGCACUUGCCGAGGCUAAUCAUCAUGUAGAUUCUCUGCAGCUGAAGAUUGAAAGAUAUGAAAGCUAUUGUGGAUUGCUAAAUACUGAUCUGGAAGAGUCUCAGAGGAGAGGGUCCACUCUUCAAGAAGACCUUAAAGCCUACACAUCGGAGAGAGAGCACCUUUCUGAAAAAAUAGAGGCUCUGAGACAUGAAUGUGAGAAACUAUCAGUGCAGACAAGGGGAGCUGAACUUGAGAAGGAAAAUCUGCACGCAGAAAUGACUAGUUUGAAGGAUCAGUUGGAGCAGAAAGCUGAAAUUGAAGAACAUAUUUUCACCAUCGAUGGCAAGAUAAAAAAGUUACAAGACUUAGUUGGCGAUGCCUUGCCAGAAUCUGAAACAGAAUAUCUGGUUUCUGAUGAUGCAAAUAUUGAUUCUUUGGAAGAAUUGCUGAGAAAGCUUAUAGAAAAUCAGAGACAUGAAUGCGAGAAACUGUCAGUGCAGACAAGGGGAGCUGAACUAGAGAACGAAAAUCUGCACGCAGAAAUGACUAGUUUGAAGGAUCAGCUGGAGCAGAAAGCUGAAAUUGAAGAACAUAUUUUAGCCCUCGAUGGCAAGAUAAAAAAGUUACAAGACUUAGUUGGUGAUGCCUUGUCAGAAUCUAAAACAGAAUAUCUGGUUUCUGAUGGUGCAAAUAUUGAUUCUUUGGAAGAAUUGCUGAGAAAGCUUAUAGAAAAUCAGAGACAUGAAUGCGAGAAACUAUCAGUGCAGACAAGGGGAGCUGAACUAGAGAACAAAAAUCUGCAUGCAGAAAUGACUAGUUUGAAGGAUCAGCUGGAGCAGAAAGCUGAAAUUGAAGAACAUAUUUUAACCAUCGAUGGCAAGAUAAAAAAGUUACAAGACUUAGUUGGCAAUGCCUUGUCAGAAUCUGAAACAGAAUAUCUGGUUUCUGAUGGUGCAAAUAUUGAUUCUUUGGAAGAGUUGCUGAGAAAGCUUAUAGAAAAUCAUGCUAGUCUUUUAUCAAAGAAAUCUAUGCGUGAUGUUGUACUUGAUGGACAUCAUUCACUAAAUGACGAUGCUACUCUUCAUGAGGAAAAAAGUAUUGAUAUGCAUGAUAAGGAUCAAGCGGAUAUUGAUAGAUACAAGAAAGAUCUGGAGGCAGCUUUGAGCGAAUUGGAGCAUUUGAAGGAGGAGGGAGGGAGAAAUUUGGAAAAGCAAAUAUCUCUAUCAGGUGAAGUUGAAGCUCUGAGUAAAAGAACUGAGGAGUUGCAAGAGCUUCUUCAUCAGGAAGAGCAGAAAUCUGCUUCUGCAAGAGAGAAAUUAAAUGUUGCAGUCAGGAAAGGGAAGUCAUUGCUGCAACAAAGAGACAGUCUAAAACAAACCAUUGGAGAGAUGAAUGUUGAGAUGGAGCACUUGAAAUCUGAGAUCAACAAACGAGAACACACUAUUGCAGAGCAUGAACAGAAGAUGAGGCAGUUAUCAACCUACCCAGAUAGGUUAGAAGCGCUUGAAUCUGAGAGUUCUCUUCUGAAGCAUCGUUUGGAAGAAACUGAACACCAUUUGCAGGAGAAAGAGUAUUCGUUGAAACUGAUUUUGAACAAGCUAGGUGAGAUUGAUGUUGCAGGUGAAGGUCAAAUAAUUGAUCCGGUGAAGAAGGUGGAAUGGAUUGGAAAACUGUGUUCUGAUCUCCAUAAUUCCGUCGCUUCCUUGGAACAGGAAUCCACGAAAUCCAAAAGAGCAUCAGAACUCCUGUUGGCAGAGUUGAAUGAGGUUCAAGAAAGGAAUGAUAGUUUUCAGGAGGAACUUGCUAAGGUGGCUGAUGAACUUGUGGAUCUCAGAAGAGAAAGGGAUUCAGCGGAGGCUGCCAAACUGGAAGCUCUUUCACAUGUUGAAAAGUUGUCUACAUUACAUGAGGAAGAAAAACAGACCCAUUUUUAUGAGCUCGUGGAAUUAAAAUCUAGCAUGAACCAAGUCUGGAAAGGCUUUGGUGAGGUUCAGAAUUUACUGGCCAAGGCUUUUUUCACUGAUUUGGAAUCUUUUCGGAAUGUGGAAGUUGGUCUUGAGUUGUGUAUGAAAGGAUACAAUGCUCCAAAUGUGGUGGAUUCAUCUUCCGGCGAAGAACGUGAUGGUAUUUUACUCAAGUUUCCUGAUAAUAAGACGAGCUCUGCGUAUGCAGAUUCUUGGUCAGAAUUUGGCACAAUUGACCAAUAUAAUGAUAAUACCAUUAUUGAAAAUUUUCAUCUCCUUGGGCAUAAAUUGCAAGAGUUUUUGGUGGAGGUCAGCUCUCUUAAGGAAAGAAUACACAUGCACUCCAGUUCGGCACGGGAGCAAGACAAAACUCUGUCGAUACUAAUGACAAAUAUUCAGAGAGAAAUUACUUCCCAAAGAGAAUCUUUUGAAAAGAUAAAGACAGAAGUUAGUAAACGAGAUCUGCAACUUAUUGCAUUGCGUGGGAAUGUUGCUCGCCUUUAUGAAUCAUGCAACAAUUCUGUCACUGUACUAGAGAACGGAAAAACUGAAUUGCUUGGAGAAAAGGUAGAAUUUCCAGAUCAAGAGAUUAACUUGAAAACUCCGUCAUUUGAUGAUGAAAUAUCCGAGGAAUGUGUUAAAACCCUGGCUGAUAGACUGUUGUUGGCUGCAAAUGGAUUCGCUAGCAUAAAAACCGAAUUUUUAGAUGCUAAUCAAAAGGAAAUGAAGGCUACUGUAACAAAUUUACAGAGGGAGCUUCAGGAAAAGGAUGUUCAAAGAGACAUAAUUUGUGCAGACCUGGUAAAACAGAUUAAAGAUGCUGAAGCUGCUGCAAAAAGUUACUCUCAAGAACUUCAAUCUCUUAGGAUGGAGGAGCAUGAUUUGAAAAAACAGGUAGAAGUGAUUGAGGGAGAAAAGAAGAUACUUGAGCAGAGAAUCAAGGAGCUGCAGGAUAGGCUAGGGAUUGCAGCAGAACUAGAGGAUAAAGUAAGAUCUCAGACUGGUUUGCUGGCUGCCAAAGACCAAGAAAUUGAAUCCUUAAUGCAUGCACUUGACGAGGAAGAGAUACAAAUGGAAGAACUGACAAAGAAAAAUGCAGAACUUGAAAAGACUGUUCAACAAAAGAAUCAAGAGGUUGAGAACCUUGAAUCUUCUCGUGGUAAAGUUAUGAAAAAGCUUUCCAUAACCGUAAGCAAGUUUGAUGAACUUCACCACCUAUCUGCAAAUCUCCUUUCUGAGAUUGAAAAGCUUCAAUCGCAAUUGCAAGAAAAAGAUUCCGAAAUUUCUUUCUUAAGGCAAGAGGUUACGCGAUGCACUAAUGAUGAUCUCCGUGCAUCACAACUGAACAACCAGAGAAGUCUGGAUGAGAUCGUUGAGUUCUUUAUGUGGGUUGACACAAUUGUAUCUCAAGAUGGGAUGGAUGAUAUACCUCCUGAUAUGAAGAGUGAUGCUCAGGUUCACCAGUACAAAGAAAUACUUCAGAAGAAGUUGAUGUCUUUAAUAUCAGAGUUAGAGAAUCUAAGGGAAGUUACAGAAAGCAGGGAUGAAAUGUUGCAAGCAGAAAAGAGUAAAGUAGCAGAGUUGAACCAUAAAGCAGAGACACUUGAGAAGUCCUUGCGUGAGAAAGAAUCACAAUUGAAUUUGCUUGAUGGUGUGGAAGAAACAGGAAAGGGAAUUGCCUCAAGCUCAGAAAUUGUGGAGGUAGAACCAGUGAUAAAUGAAUGGACAACAACAGGGACAUUUGUUACACCUCAAGUUCGCAGUUUGCGCAAGGGCAAUAGCGAUUAUGUUGCCAUUGCUGUUGAUGAAGAUCCUGGUAGUACUAGUAGGAUAGAAGAUGAAGAUGACGACAAGGUUCAUGGUUUCAAAUCACUCACAUCAUCCAAAAUUGUCCCAAGAUUUACGAGACCUGUAACUGACUUGCUUGAUGGCCUGUGGGUUUCUUGCGAUCGAACUUUAAUGAGACAACCAGUUUUGCGGCUUGGAAUUAUAAUUUAUUGGACCAUAAUGCAUGCACUCCUUGCUUUCUUUGUUGUCUGAUGUUCUGAGUUGGCUUUGUAUAAUUAAUUGGCCUUAAAAUCCUAAGCAAGGCAUAGGAGGUGCCAUUUAUAGAUUGGAAAGUUUGAAAAAGGAUUCAGUUUAGUUGUACAGUGUCUUCCUUCAACUUGCUUCUUCCUGUUGUGGUUCAGCUAUUAUAAACAAUAAGAAAAUAAAGAUGCAGCUGCUAGAAAGGAUACCGGGCUGCAAUGACGAAAAUAUGUGAAAGCAGAUUGCUCAAUAUUUGAAGAGCAAAGGAUGAAGAGCCUGCUACAUAAAACACUAGGAGGUUUGUUUUUACAAAGAACCUGAUGCGUUUUACAUUGAACAGAAGAUCAAUACUGUGACUGUUUUUUUAAGGGAAAGCAAAUUUUGGGUCGUUCAUGUGAACUGGAUAAAUGACUAGUUAGGUAUAGAAAAAACGUAAUUCUUUUGUAAGUUUUUUCUCCCUACUUAGGCAUAAGAAACUUAAGUUGCCAUUCUUUUUUCAUGGUAUAUUAUAUCAAUCAUAUCAAUAUUAUGAUUUUUUUUGGCA